GUGUCUUGUGUCUUGUGUCUUGUCUUCGGUCAGUCAGGUUCUCCUCGAAGAAAGCUUGCUGCAGCUGUUACGGGAAACAAACGCUCGCUCUUGUCAGAGCUUCAGGAAUUUUUGUAUUCCCAAAUACCACCCUUACGGGCAUUCGUGGGAAACGAGUUGGAAACUGAAUCGCGAAGCUGCAGUCCCAACGUCGUGUCGUUGCUAAAGGUCAUUGCAAAACGGCGAAAAUGAGCGGAAGAUCACAGAUGACGGCGAUGAACGGAAAAAGACCAUCUUCGAUCCCACCGCGACAUCAGUCUGAAACUGUAGCUCAACAUUUUGAUCUAAUUAAAUAUAUUUAUGAUUCCUGGAAUUCAGUGUCCAGAGAGUUAGAUAUGUGCCACAAUCAACCACACAGUAAUUCUUCUAAUUAUAGAAAUGGGGCAUCGGUUACGUAUUAUCAGGAACGAGAACCUAAUCCGCAGUUGAAAGAUUUUGAACCAUUCAAUCUUGAAGCUUGGUGGGGACAGCGAGUUGUUCAGAGUAUCACUAGGAAUGCGAAUUCCUAGUGCCAGGCCCACCACAUCGAAUACAAUCGAACAUUCUCAAACAGACAUAAGAAACAGAAAAGAUAAAUAAGAGCUGCCGAAGAAAACUUGUUUUCUUUUCUAGAAACAAUUUAUUGUAUACUCAAAAAAACAAUCGACAGAAGGAGGAUAGCUUAGGUAUAAAUAAGUAUCUAGCAAUGAAUUUUAAAUCUUUUUGAUAACAAAAAAUAUAGAAUAUUAGCGAAGGAACAAAGAAAAUGCGAGAGUAAGAGAGCGAGAAAAAAGAGUUAGCACGCAAGAGAGAGGGAGAGAAAGGGAAAGAGCAGGGUUAAGAGUGCAUACGUAUUCGUAUGUAUAUAACAUUCCUCCAAUCUUUUAUUGUAUUUUAACGUAAUAGCGCGUUUUCUUGCAUCCUUUUAAAUAUCGUGUUUUUUAAAAGUAUUUUACUCCAUGGUCGAAUGCAAGCCAUUGCCUGUUUCUGAUAUUGUCUUUCUAAGAUUUGAGAAUUAACACGUUAAAUAAUUAGGAUUUCUAGAGCAUGCUGAAAAUAUUUAUUUUAUUUGCCAAGUCAAAUAAAUAUAAUUAUAAGAUGUAGUUUAUUACGAAUCAGGUUUUCAUUGUUAUUUAAAGAGAAUAUAAAUUAAUUAUUAAUAUUUUUUGUCUUUUUCUAAUGUCAACUUGGAUACAGAACGAUCAACCGAAUGUUAACGAAUUGUACAUGCGAACGAACUGUACCAAAUGUUUAACUUCUAAAGUUUGCACAUGUAUGUAUUUUUCCACGGAUUGCAUUUUGCAUUUUUAAUGAAUUUUGCACGUACGUAUCAGCAAUGAUGUCGCACUUCGAUUUUAGCGAAAUAAGUGUUUUUUGAUAUUGAUUAAAAACUGAUUCAUUGACAUAUGUGAAUAUAGUAGGCUGCACUUCUAUCUUUGAUAAAAUUCAAAUAAAGCAUAUUCAAAUUCUUAUUCAAACUAGUGUGAUUAUUAUUAAACUUUUAAAUGCGGUUAAACAUACAACUAUGUACACAUUGUGCAUCGACAAUGUAUGCACAUGGCGCGAGCAUUGUUAUCUUGGAAAAUUUAUCCGAAUAACAUUUUUAAACGAUUGUUAACCUAACAAUUAAUAUCUCUCUAAAUGCGCGAUUGUCUUUACCAGUUGCUCGUAGCGGUAUUUUUUUACGUACAAUUAAAUAGCUAAAGUAUUAUUACGAUUACUCAAAACCUAGCUGAAUACUGUUACACGUUACGAAUAUCAUUGUAAUGUUAGGCAUUUCUGCACCUCCCAGAAUGAUAGGUAUCGCUAUGCAUAGAAUUAUCGACUCAACACCUGGAUCCAAUCGAACAAUUCACUGUUUCCACGAUAAUUGUGUAUCCUUGUCGAUCAUGGUUCGAGCUUGAUCCAAAGCGUUGAAUUUUAGGGUGUUGACAGUUCGUUCCAAAUUGCAGAGACUCCUCUCUAUCGCACGUUUUUCGCUAUUGAGCAUCUGUUUAAUUCGAAAAAUUUUUACAUUUUGUACCGAUCAUUCUAGAGAAAUUGAUGUACGUUUUUAAGAGUAUUAUAUGAAAUAUAAGUAUCUAAACAAUUA